AUGCGUAAAGUGGCAGGAAGCAUUGAUGACGGUACUGAAAUUGACAUCACAAUGAUAAAGAAAGCGAUUGACGGGAUGAGCAAGAAGAAAGCGGCCGAUAGAGAAGGAUUCCGCCCAGAACAUUUAAAAUUACUCUCCUGCUCCCAACUUGCCAUGGAAAAGCUCACUGCCAUUUUCAACUCCAUCAUGAAGGCGAAAAAGGCCCCGAAGAUAAUGAAGACGGCGUACAAGAUCCCAAUUCCAAAGAAAGGAAAGGACUCCUUAUUGCUAGAUAACUACCGCGGGAUCACAAUAACGUCAAUCUUUGGUAAACUACUGGAGCUGAUUUGCCUCAUGUGCACUGAGAAAGACCUCACAGAUGGGCAGAGCGGACUUCAGUAUGGCUUUUCAGCCGGAAGAUCACCUUCAAUGGCCUCUCUUCUUGUGACUGAAGCCAUCGCCGAAACCAAGGAAAAGAAACAGGACCUGCUGAUCUGCUCACUUGAUGCUCGCAAAGCCUUUGAUGUUGUGUCCCACUCUCGCCUCAAACUCAAGAUGUUUGGUACACCAAUGAAGAAAUUUCUGUGGUGUCUGAUUGACGAUCUGUAUGACUCCAGUACAGAGGUUGUGAGAUGGUGCGGUGAAGACAGCAGGGAAUAUGCAGUCCGACAAGGAGUGAAGCAAGGUGCAGUCAUGUCUCCGACACUUUACAAGUUGUAUGCAAACGAUUUGGCAUCAUCCCUCACUAAAGCAGGGCUGGGACUGCAUAUAGGCCCUACAUACAUCGGAUCCCCUGGCUGCGCCGAUGACCUACUCCUUCUCACAUCAAGUCCCAUGGAACUUCAAGCAAUGAUGUCAGUCAGCAACGACCACUCAAACACCAAUCUUUAUGAACUACAUCCAGUGAAAUCAGUAGUAUGUCCACACCACCAGUCGCAAGCAAGUUCAAGUAAAGCUCAGGAAUGGCACCUGGGUGGCAAACCAGCUGCUAUAGCGGGGGAUUUCGUACAUCUUGGGCUAAACUGGCAAAAGGGAAAGACGCGUCCUGAUAUUUCACCGAGGAUUACCCUGGCAAGACGGACAGCAUAUGCCCUGAUGGGUGUGGGUUUUCACAGCUAUAAUGGUCUAGACCCUUCCGCAUCAAUGAAAAUCUAUGACACCUUCGUCAUCCCAAGACUUCUGCAUGGUCUCGAAGCCACCAUCUUGUCGGCAGCUCAAGUGUCCCAACUCGAUCUCUUUCACCGAAAGGCACUAAGACUAAUCCAGAGUCUACCGGAAAGCACAGCUAAGUCGGCCAUCUACCUGCUGCUUGGAACAAUACCAAUCGAGGCAACAAUUCACGCACGUCAACUCUCCCUGUUUGGAGCCAUCACAAGACUCGACAGAAAUAAUCCCCUAUGGCAAGUCGCGCAAAGACAACUGUCUCUUAAAUCAGAUACCUCGAAGAGCUGGUUUAACAAGAUAUGUAAAACAGCCGAAAAGUAUGGCAUCAACAUCCACCAGGCACUUCAACACCCCUGGAAGAAAUGCCACUGGAAGGAUAACACCAUCAUGUUGAUUAAGGACUCGUGGACCAACGCCUUAGUUUCUGAAGCUCAAGCCAGAAAGACCCUCCAAUGGAUUAUCCUCGACCAGGUAUGGAUAGGUCGCCCCCACCCUCUGUGGCAAGCUUGUAAAGGAAAGCAGUAUCUAGUUACAGAGGCAACUACAAGAGCAAGACUCCUGGUUGGUAGAUUUGGCCUACGACAGGACAGAGUACGCUUCAACAAGCAAGAGGUUGAUCCCCAAUGCCCAUUAUGUCGCUCGGAAGAGGAAGAUGCCCCACACUUUCUAGUCACAUGCCCAUCUCUUGAGAAGGAUCGAGGGAAUCUGAUCUCGACACUAUGCAGUCUAUACCAAGGAGACGGACUACCCCCUCCUCAGACGAAGACAGAGUUGUGCUAUGCGAUUUUGAACGGCUGGGGAUACAGGAUGGAUGUACUGACCUAUUACACUAUACACACACUGAAUGGCAACACCAAAAAUAUUAACACAAGCUCAAUUCGAAAUACUCCUAUAAUUUCAUUAAAAUCAAACACUGACAGGGCCAACUCGCUAUGCAACUUAAUAUGCCACAGACUAUAUAUCGCCAGAGACUGUAAAUACAACGACCUUUUAUAA